AUGGCUACAAGCAAUCCAUCUGUGUUCCUUCUCUCGGUGAACGGACAGAUCGAGGGAGCGAAUUUUCCUUGUUAUGACGACUUGUACUGCAAAUACUGCUUCGUUUACGGCCAAGACUGGAUGCCCACUACCGGUUUGGAGGAAGGCAUCACUCAAAUAACAUGUAAAGGCAGACAGUCACAAAAACUGAUAUGGAACUUCCCACUGGAUAUAACUUUUAAGAGUACAAACCCCUCAGGAUGGCCUCAACUUGUGUUGAGUGUGUAUGGACCAGACGUAUUUGGCAAUGAUGUGGUCAGAGGUUAUGGAGCAAUACACAUCCCUUUAACACCUGGAAAACAUAAAAGGACCCUUCCCAUGUUUGUUCCUGAACCCACAUGGAGACUUCAAAAGUUCACAAGUUGGCUCUGGGGACGUCGACCAGAAUACACUGACCCAAAAGUGGUAGCCCAGGGUGAAGGGCGAGAAGUGACAAGGGUUUGCUCCCAAGGAUUUGUUACAGUCAUCUUCAACAUCAUAAUGAAGGACAUGAAAAAACUGGGCUAUGAUUCUGGGCCAUCCACUUCCUCAAACGCACAACCAUGUGGCACCGCCUCUGGCUGGUCAACAGAGGAACAGACCAAUUUGUGA